CACUCGUAAUCUCUCUCUCAGGGUUGGUGAUGAUGAUGAUGAUGAUGAAGGUGUUGGUGGUGGUAACAUCAGUGCUGGUGUCAUUUGCACUCAGUUUUCCAACACAGGAGACGGGGAAGGGAAAAAACUGGGUCGUCCUUGUAGCUGGAUCAAAUGGCUGGUACAACUACAGACACCAGGCCGACGUGUGUCACGCGUAUCAGAUCGUCCGUAAGAACGGGAUUCCAGACGAGCAGAUCGUUGUGAUGAUGUAUGAUGAUCUGGCUAAUAGUCAGGAGAACCCGACACCUGGAGUGAUCAUCAACAGGCCCAAUGGUUCAGAUGUUUAUAAAGGAGUGCUGAAAGAUUACAUCGGUGAUGCUGUGACCCCUGAGAACUUCCUGGCAGUGCUGAAGGGUGACGUGAGCAGUGUGAAGGGAGGAUCAGGAAAAGUGCUGAAGAGUGGCCCAGACGAUCACGUGUUUGUGUAUUUCACCGAUCACGGUGCUCCUGGGCUCUUGGCCUUUCCCGAUAGUGAGCUCUAUGUGAAUGAUCUGAUGGACACGGUUCAGUACAUGCACAAAAACAAGAAGUAUAAGAAGAUGGUGUUUUAUAUCGAGGCGUGUGAGUCCGGCUCCAUGAUGAAGCCCCUGCCUGUCGACAUUGACGUUUAUGCCACCACGGCAGCAAACCCUCAUGAGUCGUCUUAUGCCUGUUACUAUGACGAGGCCAGAGACACGUAUUUGGGAGACUUGUACAGUGUUAAGUGGAUGGAGGAUUCAGACGUGGAGGAUCUGAGUAAAGAGUCACUUGCUAAGCAGUUUAAGAUUGUCAAGAGUGAGACCAACACCAGCCACGUCAUGCAAUAUGGAAACAAGACCAUGGCAGGUAUGAAGGUGAUUCAGUUCCAGGGUAACUCUCUGGGUGGAGCGAGGCCAGAGGAACCUGUGUCGUUGCCCCCGGUUACACAGUAUGAUGUCACACCCAGCCCUGAUGCCUACCUGUCCAUCCUGAAGAGGAGGUUGAUGAAGACUAAUGAUCUCACUAUUGUCAGGGGUUACCUGAUGGAGAUCAAGGCCCACAUGAAGGUACGUGAGCUGCUGGCGAACACAGUGCGUAAGGUGGCAGAGCGGGUGGUGAAAACACACCUGAAGGUGCAGCAGGUGGUGGAGGAGCGUCAGGAGCUCACGCAAUACGAGUGUUACAGAGCCGCGUCCACACACUUUAAAACACGCUGCUUCAACUGGCACGAUCAGCAGUAUGAGUACGCUCUCCGACACCUGUACGUGUUGGUGAAUCUGUGUGAGAGAGGACACCAGGCUCAGAGGAUCAUGGCAGCCAUGGAUGAUGUGUGCUACUUCCGGGAUUAAAGACACACACACACACACACACACACACACACACACACACACACACACACACACACACAGAUAUGAUGACGGAUGUCAGAGUCUCAGAUGAUCCUGCUUUUUGCACAAAUCACAUCUGAGAGUGAUUUUAUUGUUGUUUUAAUCAUCACUGCAAUCACACUAUAGUUUUUAUUCCUCAGUGAGACGUUAUUUUAAAGAAUGUUGAAUGUUUUUAACAAAAAGAAAUGACUUUAUAUUUUUGUGUGAAAUCACAGAAGAGCAGCUCGUGGUGAGACACACUGCUGCUGAAUGACAAUGCAUGAUCACACACACACACACACACACACACAUACACACAUACACACAUACACACAUACACACAUACACACAUACACACAUACAUACACAUACACACAUACAUACACAUACACAUACACACACACACACACACACACACACACAGCUUACCAAGACAAUUAGAAGCUGUAACGUUCAUCAGACUUUAAACUUUUCCCUGUUAUUAGAAUAUUCUGUUUAUUAUUCUGUUUUUUUAAAGUAACCUUGUUUAGAUAGCUGGUCCUGUGUGUGUGUGUGUGUGUGUGUGUGUGUGCUCUGUGAUGUGUGUUAAAUCCGUUGUCUCUGUACUUACUACAUUACUGAUGUUAUAAUAACCACAUGCUCAUUAUUGUACAUGAUCAGCUGUAGAGGAUGUGCUGCAUGUGAGAGCUGCAGAGAUUAAAGCAGGAGAAAAGGGAAUAUAAAUUCACUGAAAUUCAGAAACCAGAGCAGUUUGAUGUUCGUUUGUCCUGAUUACUGAAAUAAAUAUGAACUGAGUUGA